GGAACAAGAAAAGGAUACAAUGGCAGCCUCUUCCUCCCUAGCCAAUUUUUCCAAGAGGUUACAAGGCAAGGUAGCCUUAAUAACAGGCGGAGCAAGUGGAAUUGGUGAGAGCACUGCCCGAUUAUUUUCAAGAAACGGAGCUAAAGUUGUCAUUGCCGAUGUUCAAACCGACUUAGGUCACUCUGUAUCCAAAGAAAUCAGUUCAGAAUCCGGCGAAAAAGUUUCAUUUAUCCACUGCAAUGUUGCUAAAGAAUCCGACGUCGAAAAUGCGGUAAAUAACGCAGUUUCAUUGUACGGAAAGCUUGAUGUAAUUUACAACAAUGCUGGAAUUAGAGGUAAUACCAGCCCCAACAUUUUAGCCAUAGAAAGUGAAGAUUUCAAAAAAGUUUUGGAUGUAAAUCUCUAUGGCGCUUUCUUGGGAGCCAAACACGCCGCAAGAGUAAUGAUUCCGAGAAAAAAAGGGUGUAUUCUUUUUACGUCAAGUAUUGCUUCGGUUACUAAUGGCGGAUUGUCACAAGCGUACACAGCAUCAAAACAUGCCGUUGUUGGUUUAACCAAGAAUUUGGCUGUUGAAUUGGGAAAAUACGGAAUUAGGGUUAAUUCCAUUUCGCCCGCUGGAGUUCCGACCCCGGGGGCUGCUGGUGUUAUGGGUGUUGAAGCAAAAAAAGUUCAAGAAAUAUUUUAUUCAAUUGCAAAUCUUAAAGAAGCAAUGUUGGAUGGGAAUGAUAUUGCACAUGCUGCUAUGUAUCUUGCUAGUGAUGAUGCUCAAUAUGUUAGUGGCACUAAUCUUGUUGUUGAUGGUGGUUUUUCCUUGACAAAUAAUUUAGCCUCCGUCGCAAGAAAGUGAUUAAUUCGUCCGAAGUAAAAAUUAAAUUUGAUGUGGGCAUUCAAAAGUUGAUGCAACCCCUUUUCUAAUUGUUUUUUUUUCUAUAUUUGACUAGUCUAAAGUUGAAUCGGACAAUUCCAUAGAAAAAACAUUCCGAUAUAAUAAGAUUUUUGUCUUGUAGCUAGCCGGUAUAGUAUUAUUUAUCAUUUAAGAGCAAA